AUGAAGGAUAUCUCCAAGGACGACCAACUCACUAUCCCUGAAGGUGUUAAGGUCAGCGUCAAGUCUCGCCUCAUUACCGUCACUGGUCCCCGUGGCACUUUGACCAAGAACUUGCGUCACUUGAACAUUGAAAUCAAGCACGAUGGCAAGCAAACCUUGCGUUUCACUGUUUACCACGGUGCCCGUAAGCACGUUGCUGCUAUCCGCACCGUUCGCUCUAUUGUCAACAACAUGAUCACUGGUGUCACCAAGGGCUUCCAAUACAAGAUGCGUUAUGUGUAUGCUCACUUUCCCAUCAACGUUAUCGUGAACGGUACCAACGACGCUGUUGAGAUCCGUAACUUCUUGGGCCAAAAGGUUGCUUUCCAAGUCAAGAUGCGUGAAGGUGUCCACUGUGAGGCUUCCAAGAACCAAAAGGAUGAGUUGGUCAUCACUGGUAACGACCUCGAGAACGUUUCCCAGUCCGCCGCUGAUAUCCAACAAACUUGCCGUGUCCGCAACAAGGAUAUCCGUAAGUUCUUGGACGGUAUCUACGUCUCCGAGCGCAACGUCAUCGAGCAGGAUGAGUAA